AUGGCGUCCGAAUCAAGACUAUAUUCAUUCUCUGGGGAGACCAAGGAGCAUCUUCGCAAGUUUCGCCUGUCCACAUCCCGCGCCAAGGGGCCCCAAGCCGUCAUCUAUUUGGUCGACAAGAACACGCACGAGAUCCGCCAGGAUGACGACAAGACAGUAUACAGCACGCUGGAGGAAAUUGGCGAUGAUCUCCCCGACCACUCGCCACGCUUUGUGCUCCUGAGCUAUCCUUUGACACUCAGCGACGGCCGAGCCUCGGUGCCAUACGUCCUGCUGUACUAUCUCCCUGAUACCUGCAAUGCGGAGAUGAGAAUGAUAUAUGCUGGCGCUAAGGAGCUUAUGCGGAGUACCAGCGAAGCAGGUCGCGUUGUUGAUAUCGAAUCCAUCGAAGACCUCGAAGAUAUACCCAAGAGACUGGCAUCUGACUGA